AUGUACGGUAUCGGUGACCGCCAUGGUAGGUACAAUCUUGAGCGACUGAAGCAACCGGAUGCCGCCUGUGCGUAUGCGCAGAAUUUCGAGGUAGCGUUGCUAGACGAGGGCGAACUCGAAGUGGCCCGUCGAAAGGACUGCUGGGCUGGAACUGUCUUUUUUCAUUUUAGGCUACUUGUUUUCAAAUCCACUACGCAUGGAGCACGCUACAUUUGUGAGAACUAUCCCGAGGAAGAUUUGUACUGUUUCGUGUCAAGUGUUACAGCCGAGCCACAUCCUUGCAGAGUUGACUUCCCCGAACAAACUUCGAUCCAACUGCAGUUUGCCAACCUGGAAGAACUCUCGGCUCGAAUGCUAUACCGUAUGCGGAAUGUGGAACGAUUGGAUAUUUUCAAUAGUUACAUUAAGAAAUCAUUCCUGAAACCAGAACUGAAAUAUUUCAGAGUCUCCCGAUGUCAGCUGAAUGAACUUAACAUCGAUACUGCAGAAGAAUAUCAGUUGACUGAACUUCAUCUUCCUGAGAACGAACUGGCCAGUGUUCCAGACGGUUUGAACCACUUAACCAAUUUGACUAUGAUCGACCUGUCGAAUAAUCAUCUUUCGUUUUUGGAUAUGAACCAGUUCAAUGGUUUGGAUAAAUUGUCCAUUCUAGGAUUGAGUUAUAACAGCAUCAAGGUUGUUUUCUCCACCGGACAUGUUCAACUGCCCUCACUACUGUUCCUCAAUCUGGCACACAACAGCAUCAACACAAUCGACGUUUCACGGUGGAAUUUUUCCAGCUUGGGUGAGCUGGAUGUAUCCAGUAAUAGUUUGGAACGCAUCGACAAUGUUCUGGAUCAACUGCCUUCGCUGGGGAACAUAAAUCUGGACGGUAACCGGUGGAACUGCGCCUGGAAGGAUGAAUUCCGCGCACAAGCUGAGGAAAAACAACUUGAACUGAUUGGCUUCGAUAUGUGUCAGCAAACGGCGAACAUUCAGGGAUUGACUCAAAAAGCUAGACAGGAACAAUCCAUCAAAGACGCUCUGUCGGAAAGCAUUUCAAAUAUCGCUAAGAAUCUCACCGAAGAUGCGAUGGACUUUGGUGACAUCGUCGAUGAUGUUUUCUGUAGAAUUAUUCAAGGCGAAUAAAGUAAGAAUUGGAUUUCGUCUGUUAGCAAUCAUAA